AUGUCCUCAACUGGCGAUGCACCUGUACCUCCGCCUCAACCUUCUCUUCAACCCAACGCCCUUUCACCCAACGGCGCAUCUACUAACGGUUUACCUUCUUCAGUCUUCACUCUACCACAGACCGCUCAACUUGAAGCUCUUUAUACAAUCAUUCGAGAUAAAGAUACUUCUCGUGGAGACUUUUUGUUCUAUUCAGACCGCAUCAUCCGAUUGUUGGUCGAGGAAGGUUUGAAUCAUCUCCCUGUGGUACAGAAAAGCGUAAUCACGCCAACUGGGUCUACUUACGAUGGUGUUGGCUUCGAGGGAAAGAUAUGUGGAGUGUCGAUCCUACGAGCUGGGGAGGCCAUGGAAGCGGGCUUACGCGAAGUCUGUCGUAGUGUUCGUAUCGGAAAGAUCCUAAUUCAAAGGGACGAGGAGACCAUGCAGCCAAAGCUCUUCUACUCAAAAUUUCCUCAAGACAUCGCUAAGCGCUACGUGUUGCUUCUCGAUCCCAUGUUAGCAACUGGUGGUUCAGCUAUCAAAGCAGUCGACGUACUCAUGGAAAAUGGUGUCCCAGAGGACCGUAUCAUCUUUAUUAACCUUAUCUCUUCUCCUGAAGGGCUGAAAACAUUCUCUGGAAAAUUCCCUCGUCUCAAGGUCAUCACAGGAUGGAUUGAUCAGGGUUUGAACGAGAAAGCCUAUAUUAUCCCUGGUCUGGGUGAUUUCGGCGAACGUAGGUACUGCGAGUGA